GGACACAAAAAGAGGAGCCACUUAAGUUUACCAGGUCAUAUGCGUAAUUCGAAAAUCAUUUGCUAUAGUAACGCGUGUUAUGAAUUCCAGGUAUAUAACCUUAAACUCAUCGAUUUUUGAUUGUUGGGUUGACGGCGCUACUUUGGCGACAUCUAGAGACUUUUCUGUGCAGAGUCUGAGUGCGAUUUUUCCAUUGAGAUUUGCAUUGGUUUUUCAAGGAGUUUGGAGAGUUUCGUUUUAUUAUUUGUUCCUUAUUUAUUCAUUUUAAUUUGUUUUGAUCAAUUUCUCUAUUUCUUAGAGAAUUUUUAUUUUGAAGGAGUUCAUAAGAUAGUGAUUUUAUUCAAGGAGAGUUUUAUUUUUUAAGUUGAGGAUAUUCAUUUUGAUGGCCAACAGCAUAGAGACACAACAGGGCCUGGCUCAGAGGAAGAGAAGGCAAGAGGAAGCACAUCCCUCCACCUCUCAUGACAGCCCUGCAAAACGCAGUCGCAAAGGAUACCCAAAAAAGGCGUACAAAAAGGGCCAUUUGCUGGGAGAAGGCAGUUUCAGAUCCGUGUAUGCAGGGACCCGCAGAUUCGAUCGAUUGCCAGUUGCAAUCAAAUACGCCACUAAAGAUGAGGAUACCAUGGAACUGAAAGUUGAUGGCCAGGGUCUGGUGCCUCUGGAGGUCGCACUAAUGAAGCGGGUAAAUGCAGCUCUGGCCUGUCCCAACAUCAUCCAGCUUGUGAAGUGGUUUGACUGUCCCACUCAAGACAUCAUGAAACUUGAACAGCAAGAUCCUUGCCAAGAUCUUUCCACUUUCUGUGCAGAAAACGUCACCUCGUAG